AGAAAGAAACCUUCAAUUCCUCCUCUUUAGUUGAUCCUCUUCUUAGGAGAGAAACCAUCUUAGCUAGCUAGCUCUAAAUUAAACCCACUAUGGAUCACAUUUAUAUAGAAAAGUUCCAAGCCAUGAAAGCCAAGAACAAGUUCAAGAAGAAUCGUCGGUUUCUUGAUACCCUUAUAUUCUAUUGCUUAACAAUCCUAACAUGUAUUAUAUUUUGUUUUAGUCCUUUAUGGUUUCCAUUUCUAUGUUCAUCCAUGAAGAACUUUCUCUCUAUCUCUGUCCCCAGUUUUUGGACUUGUAUUUUCAACCCCAAGUGUUUAUUCAUCGUGUGCAACGUCAUCGUUGUUUUCCUUGUGGGAGAAUCAAAGUUUUUCGGUUCCGCUAAGUCGUCUGAUCCGGCUACUGAAGUUUACCAACAGUGCUUAGAAAGAAGUAAGAAUAGUGAUAGUAUUCAGAAAAUAAGUAGUAUAAAAGAGAAGAUGAUGAUCAUUCACCAAGAGUUGAAACCAGAGUCUUCUUUCAUGGAAGAGGUUGAUGUCACAAGUGUAGUAAGUGAUCAUGUCCGAGAAGAAAAAGUGAUGAAACGACAGGAGGAACCUCAUGCAAUGGCACAGAGUUGUUAUCCCUUGCCUGCGGAUGAGGAGUUAAACCAAAGGGUGGAGAACUUCAUUGCAAGGGUGAAGAAACAAAGAAAGCUUGAAACAGGAGUUCUUGUUUAUUGCAAUUAGCCAGCCAGCCAGCUAGCUAGCAUAUAUACUAGGGUAGUGUCUGCAGUUUGGUUUCAGUUUAGAUCUGGGUCAGUUCUACUAGUAUUGGUGUUUAUUGAUCUCCUCCUAGCUAUUCCAUUCACUCUCAUUUCCCACAAAAAAAAAAAUAUGUAAAAGAAAAAUCCAUGCAAUAUAAGCAUGCAAUUAGCUAGGCCUGGCUAGAGUAAGUUGCAUUUAGUGAUAGACUAGAAAGUUUUAUGCAUGAAGAGAUGGUAACAACAGUUCUGUGAUAUAAUGAAUGAAUCCACUCAAGAAUUAACAGAUUUUCAUGGUGAAAUAUGGUUCCAUUUUUAGUUUAGGCUGGCCAGGAGCUUAUGAAGUUUCCGAUGGUACUUUUGAUUAUGUCUGUUAAAAGGUUUAAGCAUUAAAAUCCAC